UUACUAAUAUUUUCAUUACCACAUUGGGUAUAUGUUUAAUACCUAUUCAAUUAUCUGUGUAAAAUAUAAUUCUAAAAUUUGCAACAACCAAUUUUGGACAAGAGGGAAAUAUGGAAGAACAGUCUUCAAGUUCUAAUUUACAGUCAUCGAAAAUGCAAUUAUUGGAAAGCUUACGAAUUUCUCUGAAACGACGACCACAAAUGAUUGAAUUGAUCAUGAGUAUGAGAAAAUGUAUUAAAAAGAAGAACGUUGUCAUAAAAAAAUUAAAACAAUGUUUGAAAGAAAAGAACGUCAUAACAACAUCCAUAAAUGCAUCUUCUCAAAAAAACAACGUGUUCGAAUUGAAUAUUCCACACGGCAGUGAAAAUGAGACUCCAAUCUCAGGCAAUGACAACCAAUCUUUAAAAAAUACCAAAUCCAAGUCCACGCAAACACCUAAGAUAAAAACAAGCGAUACUGCGACACAAAUGGAGACAAUGAAAACAAAAAAAUCUGAGGAAAGCAUAGAAGCGGGAUGGAAUUUGCAUGAUGGUUCAGGAGAGAUGUCUCUUGCUGAGCAAGUGAAAGAAGUGGCCCAGACUGCCUUGCAGCAGACAGGGAUGGUGUAUGUUGAGUCAGCGGGCAUGUACUAUGAUUACAAGACUGGUUAUUAUUAUAAUUCUGAAUUGGGUCUCUACUAUCAUACUGAUACCAAUUGCUAUUACUUCUAUUCAGACGAGAAGCAGAGCUUUGUUUUUCAUUCUUAUCCUGAUAGUAGCAACGAGAAUCCUGGUUUAGUUGCUCAUAAUAAAAAGAAAGCUAGAAAGCACAAAGCUGUACAACUAAAAGAAGAUGUCAUGGAAAACCUGACGAAAAACUUAUCUCAGGAAAAUGAAGACAGCCACCUUAGGCUGAAGCAGAGGAAGAUUUCAAAAAUUAAAGAAUCCAAGAAUAAAAAACCUUUUAAAGCUAAAAUUGAUGAAAAUGGUGAUCAAUCUAUAGAAAAUAAUGGUGAAAAAUGUGAUGUUAUGGAGUUAGAAGACAAAGAACAAAAUAGUGAAGACACACAGGAUACCAGCAAGAAGGACAACAAGGCAUCCAGGGAUCUCGAAGAUGGAGAAUGCAGUGAUUCAGCUGAUGAAGACUCUGGGUCAGACAAUGAAUGUUCAUCUAAUGCCAGCACAUCCACAUUAACUGAUGAUGAAAAUGUUGCAAAACACCAUCCACCGUGUAUGCGCGUGAUCGUCAGGGAAACUAGUCUACCCAAACUGAAAAUUGGAAAUCUUUUCCUGAUAACGAAAGAUGGCGGCACGAUCGGAAGAGAAGGGGAGCAACACGCUAUUGUUUUAAAAGACCAUAACGUGUCUAGGAAUCAUUUGGACAUUCAAUACGACCUCGCACGUCAGACGUACACCGCUGUGGAUCUUGGAUCUAAGAAUGGAACGAUACUGAACGGUAUCAGAAUGUCUGAGAGUCAAGUCGUCAGCAAACGCGUCGAUGUCGUUCAUGGCAGCACGAUACACAUAGGCGAGACUAAACUGCUGUGCCAUGUGCAUCCGGGAAAUGACACCUGUGGCCACUGCGAGCCGGGCCUCGUAAUGACAUUAGAGGAGCGAGAGAAGAAAGUCGCGUACACGCGCACGUGCAGCGUGCAGCGGCAGCACCAGCUCGAGCUGGCGCGGCUGAAGAACAAGUACGCUCCGAAGGUGCUGAGCAUCGAGGAGACGGCGUACAACGACCGCGCGCAGGCCCGCCGCGACGCCGUCGGCUCCUCGCACGAAGCCGAGAAAACGCAGACUACAGACCUCGACACGUUUAUCGCGCCCGAGAACAAAGGUUUCCGGCUACUAGAGAAGAUGGGCUGGUCCAAAGGCGAAGGUCUCGGGAAGGACAGCCAGGGAGAAAUAGAACCGGUACCUCUGAUUAGUAACGAAGGUAAGGCAGGGCUUGGUACACCCGGAGCUUCAAACGUGCCGCCCCUUGUACCCACCAGAACUACCAAAAAUACCCUCGGUCCGGCCACUUUGAGACUGGCAACACGAACGAAAAUGCUACAACCGCCCGCCAAAGCUUUCAGUCAAGACAAUGCCGAGGAAUCAGAAUGAAUUGUUAUAUCAUGAAGAAAUGUUGUAUAUUAAUAUUCUUACUGGUGGUAGGACCUCAUGUGAGUCCGCACGGGUAGGUACCACCACCCCGCCUAUUUCUACCGUGAAACAGUAAUGCU